UUGUAUAUAUCGAAGAUGGCGUCUGCAGCAAGAACAGUAAUUUUGUGUGCUGUGCUUCAUGGGUACAUCGCAGCAGCAGCCCUGAUUUUUCAACUAUUUGAAUAUAAGCAAGUUGAAGAAAGCCAGCCAAACAUAAGACGAAUGAAAGCUAUCUUAACAAUGGAGUAUAAUAUAUCAAGUGUAGAUGCAGUUGAGCUGAUCAGGCAGAUAACAGAGGCGAAUUUAAAGGAUCACACAAUAGAGAUGAGCUCAUCGUGGAAAAGUUUUCCAACUUCGCUUUGGUUCGUUAUGACCUUGUUUACAACUGUUGGCACUGGACAUCUCGUUCCGCAAACGUUCGGAGGCAGGUUGUUUUGCAUGCUUAGUGCAUUGUUUGGCAUACCUCUCUAUGCGCUGUUUCUUAAGUAUGCCGGUGAACAGAUCAUCCACAUAUUGAGAAAGCUUAUUGAGGUUUUCGAAAUGACAAUGAAGAGAGAAAACCCAUUACAAAUCAAGCACAUGAACAUUAAAGUGUUGAUGUCAGCAUUUUUAUUGAUGACAUCCACAAUAUUGGUCGGUGCACUUGGCUCUUUUGCCUUUAAAUGGAGCUAUUUUGAAGCGACCUACAAAGAUGCUGAGCAGCGGCUGGAAUAGGAUGACAAAAUGGCUUCCAGUAGCGUUGGAGGGUCGACUUCCACUCACAGAAAAGCUCUUCUACAUUCCGUAUCUAUUCUCUGUAAAGAAGAGGGAUUUGAUUCAGCAUCAAAACUAGCACUAGAAACACUGACAGAGAUGUUAC